CGGCAGAGACAGUAGACUCAGGAAACACUUUCAGGUCUGUUCCUAGAGUGGAGACUUUUAAAAGGGGGAGACAAUAGAAAGGUGGAUUAAUUAACCUCUGAGAUCUUUGCUAAAACAUCUGGAGUGCUUUCAGGAGCUCAAAAUGUAGACGCUCUUCAGGUUUCUGGUUAAAUUUCCCUCUCCUCCUCCUCCAGAGUUAUGUUUUCAACAAUGAAAAUUAACCCAGAUAUUCUAUUUUUGAGAAGUGUGAGGGAUGCGUCUGAGGGAAAGAUGCAGAGCAGACAUUUCUGACAUGGUGCCGACCCAAAUUGACAGAGAAGAGGACAGAGUGGACUGUUCAGGAGCUGACACGUCUCCAACCAAACACAGGUAUUCUGUACUACUUGAUAUACAGACUAGUCGAGAUAUCGCUCCAUGCUAACUGAAUCUAUUAUGGAUUUUGAUCCCUUAUCUUUUACUUUUAAGUCUUGUAGAUUUGUCAUUUUUGGAUUUUAACCUUUAAUAGCUGUUAAAAUUCCAAUCAAGCCUAUUUAUGUUGUCUUAUUGCAAAACAGUAAAAAGUAAUUGCUUUGUGAGGAUAUGACUAUAACAUGCAAAGCAAUAGAUCAGAUUCAUGCGGAGGUCAAUAAAUUCUUAAGAUUAUAAAAUAUAAUAUACCAAGGAACUGCCUCUGUAAAUAAUAACUUGUGUUGAAUCUGAUUUAGACAUGUACCCUUGAUUCAAGGCAACAGAUAAAGAGAAAGCCAUAUGACUAACAAGUAAACUAUCACAAGCCAUAACCAUCUGUGACAAUAAUUCUCACUGUUUCAAAUGCAGUGCUGUGCUUAGCAUCGACAAGAAUCCUGUGGUUCUGUUGUCAGCGUGUCAGUCGCACACUUUGUGGUUUGCGUUACUGUGAGCGAGAAAAAAAAAUGUGUAGGCUUUGUGUAAAGAGAAACUACACGGAGGAGGAGGAGACAGACAUUUUGCCUGUCAGAGACUGAAAAAGAGGAGCAUCAGGCCAACAACUGUGGCUGUGAACAGACUCUGAAGUGCUUCCUAAUUCAAAGCCAGAGAGAGAUAUUAAGAGAGAGAGGAAGUCCCGCUGUCAGACAUUCAACAAGAGACAAAGAGUGGACGCACAGUGAAGGCACGCUGAUUAUUGAUUGUUACUAAAACUGAGUGUUCUACCCACCUGGACGACGCAGACUCUCAGAGGGAGACGCACAUAAUAACCGCCUCUGACAGAAGGAGGCAGACCAAGAAACAGAGGAGCAGAGAGCAGGAGGGGAAGUUCUCUUUCCCUCUCUCGACCCGUCUCAUCGUCAGACUGGCCGGCUCAGCCAUGGCGUUCACCUUUGCGGCCUUCUGCUACAUGCUCACCUUGGUGCUGUGUGCUGCCCUCAUCUUCUUUGUCAUCUGGCAGAUCAUCGCAUUUGACGAGCUCCGCACAGACUUCAAAAACCCCAUUGAUCAGAGCAAUCCCACCAGAGCGAGAGAGAGGAUUCUCAACAUCGAGAGGAUCUGCAACUUGCUUCGCAGACUGGUGGUACCAGAGUACUCCAUCCACGGUCUCUUCUGCCUGAUGUUCAUGUGUGCUGGAGAGUGGGUCACCCUUGGCCUCAACAUCCCACUGCUCUUUUACCAUCUGUGGAGGUUUUUUCAUCGACCAGCUGAUGGCUCUGAAGUUAUGUAUGAUCCUGUCAGCGUGAUGAACGCAGAUAUUCUCAGUUACUGCCAGAAGGAGUCCUGGUGUAAACUGGGAUUUUAUCUUCUCUCUUUCUUCUACUAUCUCUACAGUAUGGUCUACGCUUUGGUGAGCUUCUAACAGACAGGAGAUCUGGAGAAAUCAAUGGAUGAAACUGUGUGAAAGACUCAGAGGAACAAAUGGAGACACUAGCUCUGACUCUUUCCAUCUGCUUUUUUAAAAGUCUAACCUUGGACUAAAUAGACCAGUCUGAGUGAUAAUGUGAAUGUAAAAGUGUUGCCUCCGCCCUGUUAUAUCGCUUGAUCCUAGAUACUGCUGUUGGACAGCUGGACAAAGACUGAAAUGAUACAGACGGAUGACGUCCCAGCAGGUGUCUGUGUUGCCUUUGACCCAUUAUACAAAAUAACAGUAUAUUCCUGAAGGGCUGGAGUUUUCCCAUGCUGCUCUUACUGAUCCAGUCCCUCAACUCACUGUGAAUCUCCAAACACUAAGGGGCUGGAAACAAUAUGUCUGUAUCCUCUGACUUUAAAUAGUCCUAAAAGCAGGAAUGUUUUGUGUCUAAGAUGAUAGACAUAUCUGCUAUGAUUGUGUUACAGAUACAGAGACUGUAAGAAACUUUAAAUCACUGUAAGGAGUGCAGAGGGUCUGGCCAGGAAAUAAGGAGAAAAAAGGAGUUGAAACAGAUCAAUACAAUAACUCCUCUAUGCCAGCCUCCACCAAAAUACAUGAUUUAAACUGUAACAAAAACAAGGACUAAAUAACAAGUGUGAAUCUGAGGCUCUUAGCUUGUAGUGUGCAUUAACAAUAAAUAUGUCCAUACAGUCAGAACGUAUUUAUGCUACAUCAUGGGAUCAUGCUUUCCAAAGAGCCUCAUGCUCUGACACCAAAUAUCAAAUGUUUGUAUCUGAAAAACAUUGUGCCAUAUUUAAAAGUCUUAUAGAUUCAAUUAAACACAUUCAGUUUUGGCACAGUGUUUUUUAAUCUAAAGUAGAAAAAUAGUUUUGUUGUAUUUUAAGUGUGCAGGGAGCGCCUUAUUCCUGUUUCCAGUGAAGUUUACUCAUCUGCAUCUAUACUGUAGUCAUUUUAGUACUGCAACUUUCUCUGAUCUGAUAUAGAAUUUAGAAAGCUCAUGUACAAAAGCAAUUAAAAACAAGCAAAUUAGCAAUGUAACAUGACUCGUGAGACAUAUCGGUGGAGUGACCAGUGUAUGUAAUAACAGUGAAUGAGACAUGAGUGGCAAAGGAGACAAACAUGUCUUUAUGACAAUGUUUAGUUAUUUCAGAGGUGUAAAGACAGUCAAGUCGUCUCAGCCAUACAGUUGAGAGGGGGAAUACGUAAGUGAGCAAAGCCUUUUCUCAGCUGGUGCUGCCUUUAUCAUGUGUUCAUCAGCUUGAUCUGUUGGUAGAAAAGUGACAGCUCAAAUGUGUAAUCUUAACAUCAGUAGAAAAACUGUGAUGUUUGUGAUGUGACAUCUGGUGUACAAACCGUGGGACUCAUCAAGGAAAAAAAUGUCUGGAACACGACAGACUGUUGAAGUAGUUUCUAAACUCUCCAAAUGAAUCACCUUUAAAGGCUGUGUUGUAAUGAGUACACAUCAAAGAUAACCACUGGUACUCAGGAUUAGUUUAAGCCCUUGAAUCUGAUAUUUGAGUACAUAAAUUGUAGGCAUAUCCAGUGCCAACAAAAAGUAAUCACUUCUGUUUUACCCUUUUAUUGAUUUUAUAAAUCAAUCACGGUCAAUGUAAUUUAGCUUUUUUCACCAAAAAAACUAAAAACCUCUUUAAUAUCAAAGUGAAAACUGAUUUUUACAAAGUAAUAAAAAUGAAAUAAAAAUAUGAAAUGUAAAAUAAAUGACUUUAUAAAUAUUCACCCACUACAAAUCAAUAUUUAGAUACACCUUUGGCUGAAAUUCAACCACUAAGUUUGUGUGGAUAGGUCUCAAUCAGGCUUGCAAGUCUGUAAGUUGCAAUUUUACUCCAUUCUUCUUUGCAAAACUGCUCAAGCUCUGUCAGGUUGCACAGGGAU